AUGAUUAAGGUUAUUAAAGAGAAAGAAGAUAAAGAAAACGACAAAAUCGAAUACUCUGAAAAAUACUAUGACUCAGUUUGGGAGUACAGACAAGUCAUUUUUCCGAAGAAAAAGGGCAAGGAGUUCAGGAAGAGAGGACUGCUAUCAGAAGAUGAAUGGAGAUCUGAAGGAGUCCAAAUGACAAAGGGCUGGCAGCACUAUGGCGCCCAUCCUCCAGAGCCACAUGUUCUGCUUUUCAGACGUCCAAUUGGGACUGACCCACAAACCGGAAUUGCAGAUCCCAGACUUGCGGAGCAUCAAUAUCGAGAGUUUGAGUACAAAAGACACAUGCCAAGAUUCCAAAAUGUUGCUUUUUACAAUAAUUAA